GUAUAAAAGCAAGCAGGCGACCAAUAGAGAUUCGCUGAAGAAGUUCAGAGCUUGGGAAAACCAGUCUCCCAAAGUCCCAACAGAUCCAGGAACCAAAAGCACAGCGCGGCGAAUCCAAGAUCCACACCUCGCCCGGGCCCCCGUCGUGGCUAUAAUGAUCUCCAACCCCAUCAGCAGCCUUGACCAAUCUGCUUCCGGUGCCAUGGCGAGGAUUAGGGGCCCGCGUCUUGCCGUCCUCAUCGCCCUCGUCCUUGCCGCGGCCGCGGCCGCGGCGGACGAGGCGCGCGCGCAGUCCACGUAUAUCAUCCACCUCGCGCCCGGGCACACGGCGCUGUCUGCGGCGCAGGCCGACGGCAGCGCGGCGGCCCUCGGCCGCCUCCUCCCGCGCCGUCUGCGCGCGCCCCGGCCGCGCGUGCUCUACUCCUACGCGCACGCGGCCACGGGCCUCGCCGCGCGCCUCACGCCCGAGCAGGCGGCACACGUCGCGGCAGGGGACGGCGUCCUGGCCGUCCACCCGGACCAGGCGCGGCACCUGCAUACCACACACACACCGGCGUUCCUCCACCUGACUGAGGCCUCAGGGCUCCUGCCCGCCGCGACGGGGGGCGCGUCGUCAGCCGUCGUGGGCGUGCUCGACACCGGGCUCUACCCCAUCGACCGCGGUUCGUUCGCGCCUGCUGCUGGGCUCGGCCCGGCGCCCGCGUCCUUCUCCGGCGGAUGCGUCUCCACGGGUUCCUUCAACGCCUCCGCCUACUGCAACAACAAGCUCAUCGGCGCCAAGUUCUUUUACAAGGGAUACGAGACUGCUCUCGGUCAUCCCAUCGAUGACACGAAGGAGUCCAAGUCCCCGUUGGACACCGAGGGCCACGGGACCCACACCGCCUCUACGGCGGCGGGGUCGCCGGUGACCGGAGCAGGAUUCUUCGACUACGCGAAUGGCCAGGCGGUGGGCAUGGCUCCCGGCGCGCGCAUCGCGGCGUACAAGAUCUGCUGGAAGUCCGGCUGCUACGACUCCGACAUCCUCGCAGCCAUGGACGAGGCCGUCGCCGACGGCGUAGACGUCAUCUCCCUCUCUGUCGGCGCCAGUGGGUAUGCCCCCAGCUUCUUCCGCGACUCCAUCGCCAUCGGCGCCUUCCACGCCGUGAGCAAGGGCAUCAUCGUCUCCUGCUCCGCCGGCAACUCCGGCCCCGGCGAGUACACCGCCGUCAACAUCGCGCCGUGGAUACUGACCGUCGGCGCAUCUACCAUCGACCGCGAGUUCCCCGCUGAUGUGGUUCUCGGCGAUGGCCUCGUCUUCGGCGGCGUGUCACUGUACACCGGUGACCCCCUCGACUCAACGCAGUUGCCGCUGGUGUUCGCGGGGGACUAUGGCUCCCGGCUUUGCAUACAGGGCGAGCUCGACUCGGAGAAGGUGGCCGGCAAGAUCGUGGUCUGUGAGCGUGGGAGCAACGCCCGUGUCGCGAAAGGCGCGGCAGUGAAGCAGGCCGGUGGAGCCGGCAUGAUCCUCGUCAACACCGAGGAGAGCGGCGAGGAACUCAUCGCCGAUUCCCACCUCGUGCCGGCGACGAUGGUCGGGCAGACGUUCGGCGACAAGAUCAAGUACUACGUCCAGACCGAUCCGUCGCCGACCGCGACUAUCCUGUUCCGCGGUACGGUCAUCGGGAAGUCGCCGUCCGCGCCGCGGGUCGCGUCGUUCUCGAGCCGAGGCCCCAACUACCGCGCGCCGGAGAUCCUCAAGCCCGACAUCAUCGCCCCCGGAGUCAACGUACUCGCGGCCUGGACCGGCGCUGCUUCCCCCACCGACCUCGACAUCGACCCGAGGCGCGUCGAGUUCAACAUCAUCUCCGGGACGUCCAUGUCGUGCCCGCACGUGAGCGGCCUCGCCGCGCUGCUCCGCCAGGCGCAUCCGGACUGGAGCCCGGCGGCGAUCAAAUCGGCGCUCAUGACGACGGCAUACAACCUGGACAACUCCGGGGAAACCAUCAAGGACCUCGCCACCGGCGUGGAGUCGACGCCGUUCGUCCGUGGCGCCGGUCACGUGGACCCCAACAGCGCCCUCGACCCUGGCCUGGUGUACGACGCCGGCAUCGACGACUACAUCGCCUUCCUCUGCACACUAGGCUACCCUCCGUCCCUGAUCUCCGUCUUCACAAGGGAUAGCUCGGUCGCCGACUGCUCGAGGAAAUUCGCGCGCUCCGGCGACCUCAACUACCCUGCCUUCGCGGCUGUCUUCUCCUCCUACAAAGAUUCAGUCACCUACCACAGGGUGGUGCGCAACGUGGGCAGCAACGCCAGCGCGGUCUACGAAUCCAAGAUCGUCAGCCCAUCCGGCGUGGAUGUCACGGUGAGCCCGAGCAAUCUCGUGUUCGACGACAAGUACCAGAGCCUGGCCUACGAGAUCACGAUCGCGGUGUCAGGCAACCCGGUGAUCGUCGACGGGAAGUACUCGUUCGGGUCGAUCACGUGGAGUGACGGCGUUCACGAGGUCACGAGCCCCAUCGCCGUGACAUGGCCGUCGAACGGCGGAGUAGCAGCCAUGUAGAGAGAUGCUAUUAAGCAUAGAUGCCAUUGCCGUUUGUAUAGGGCCUUCGAGCUAGAGAUCUCCACGCAUCCUACCUUGAUCCGUCCACCAUUGAGCGUGGAGGCUGGAGCUGGCAUGGCUUAUCUGAAUUCUGAUCAAGAUGAGGUUUCGGUGCCUGAUUGUGCCAUUUGCUCUGCGCCUGCGCAAUUUACUCGAUCGAACCACCGAAUAAUUUAUCAA